CGCCACCUCCAGUUCGCCUCCACAUUCCCUCCGAGACCGGAUGUUUUGCCUAUUUGGCUCCCGCCAGCAGGUAUAAAUAAGCAGGCAGGUGGAGCAACGUCAGCAGUUCUCUCAACACCUCACCUGCUCAGCCAUGAUGAGAGAAUUGUUGGUGCUGCUGGCGGUAUUGUUCGUCGCCACCUCCGCCAGGAUGGCAGGGAAGCUGCCAGGAGGCUCGGGUGCUCUCCAGUCCUCCUUCAACUGCGAGCAGCGCCCCUUCGGCUACUACGCCGACGUGGAACACUCCUGCAGGGCCUUCCACGUGUGCUACCCAGUCACCGAGGAGGACGGCUUGCUGACGGAGACCGCUCACUUCACUUUCAUCUGCGGACAAGACGCGGUCUUCAGCCAAGACUCCCUGACCUGUGCCCAUCCCACUGAAGCUUUCCCCUGCACCGACUCCGCUUCCAUCUAUGAAAUCUCUAAUAAAAAUUUCGGCGUCGUCCCGGAGGAGAAUCUAGAGCCUUUGAGAUAAGAUGUCACUGUGUUCAGAAAUUAAGAAGACUUCCCCCAAUGUCUUCUAAGAAACAACGCCAGUUUUCCAAAAGCAAAGAAGAUGCCACUGUCAUCAGAGGCAGAACGCCACUGUCUCCAGAAGUCAAAAUGGCCCUACUGUUAUCAAAUAUAAGACAUCAUUGUGUCCAGGAGUCAAGAUGGCCCCACUAUUAUCAGAGAUGUGACAACAUUCUGUCAAGGAGUCAGAAAGGCUGUAACGAGGCUCCUUUAGUGGGUCUUCGGCUAGUAUUUACUCUCGACCUCUACCUACAACCGUCACCUCCUGCACCACAACUGUCUGUGCACAAACGUUUAUUUUACAUCAUUGUUAUCAAACAUCUUUUCACGAAUGUUUUCCAAACUUGCUUUUCUCUCUUGGUACACCAUCAACUUGAAUAUUCCAACCACUUCACCAUACUCGCACUCACUGCCCAAAGAUGUGGUGCCUACUCCUAAUGUUCCCUACUCGUCACCCACCCAUAAUGUAUAUACCAACCGAAUAAAUACAAAAUAAAUUCA